UGGAGAACCUCGUGAUUUCCCCUGGGGAAUGCCGCUGUCAUAGUGGUAGCGGAGUCACCGAGAUCGGGUAAACUUUUCUCUGCAUUGGAAAUGACAUGUAACUGUCCUAAAACUCCAGAUGCCGCUUGCAACAUGGAAGUGGACAAGGACUAUUCCAAGGAGGUCGUUCGAAUGGAAUCGUAUGCCCAGUUUCCCAGCAGCUGUCCAAUCUCGGCACCAACGCUGGCACGUGCUGGCUUUGUUUACACUGGAAUCCAAGACAGAGUAGAGUGCUUCAGCUGUAAAGCAAUUGUUGAAGGCUGGCAGCACGGAGACACCGCCGUUGGCAAACACCGAAAAAUCUCCCCUAAUUGCAAAUUCAUGAAUGCUUUCAGUUCGAGAAGUGAGUUGAUUCAAACUCACGAACCCACAUUUCAGAAUUUUUAUCCCCACUUGGAAAUGAACUGUGCAUCCAGUGAGGGUAAGCCUAAAUUAGACUCUGAGACACAAGCUGAUUUCUUAUUAAGAACAGGGAGAGUUGUUGAUGAGUCUGAGCCAAAAUACCCGAAAUAUUUAAAUCUGUCUAGUGAAGAAGCAAGACUGGAAACAUUUAGGAACUGGCCAAGUUAUGUCCGUGUUACAGGAAAGGACUUGGCAAAUGCAGGACUUUUUUACACUGGUAGGGAUGACCAAGUCAAGUGUUUCUGUUGUGGUGGAAAGCUGAUGAACUGGGAACCUGGGGAUAUACCGUGGAAUGAACACCGUAGACAUUUUCCUGACUGCUUCUUUGUUCUGGGGAGGGAUGUUGGGAAUGUAGCUUUUGAUUUCAACAGUAUGCCUCACAGCAGACGAAGAGGUUCUGAGGUUCCUGAACAUCCAGCAAUGAGUCAGUAUAAAGCUCGACUUGACAGCUUUGCGAAGUGGAUUUCUCCCAUCAACAAGGAGACACUUGCUAAAGCUGGAUUUUAUAGCACCGGUGAGCAAGAUUCAACAAAAUGUUUUUAUUGUGGAGGGGAGUUUAAAGAUUGGAAACCAGGAGAUGAUCCAUGGGAAUUACAUGCAAGAUGGUACCCAGGAUGCAAGUUUCUUGUUGAUGAAAGGGGGCAGCAUUUUGUUAAUACUGUACAGCUAACCAGACCUCUGCCAUCUAGGCUGCCAAGUGACAUGCCACUUGCUCUACCUGAAGAUAGCGAAUUAAUGAAGAACCCUUUGGUGAUUAAUGCUCAGCAAAUGGGAUUUCAGCUUGAAGAUAUUAAGAAACUCAUGCUAAAGAAAAUAAAAAGCACAGGAACAAAUUACACAUUAAUGGAGGUUUUGGUGUCUGAUUUAUUAAAUUCUCAGUCUGAAAAUGGGAAUGUGACGCCCAGAGACAUUGAUCACAGCAUUGAAGAAAAGCUCAGGAAGCUAGAGGAGGAAAAAAUCUGCAAAGUGUGUAUGGACAAGGCUGUGUCUGUGGUGUUCAUUCCCUGUGGCCACCUCGUCGUGUGCUCAGACUGCGCCGAGGUUCUUGAUAAAUGUCCCAUUUGUUGUAUUAUCAUACAAAGACGGCAAAAAAUCUUUAUGGCUUAAAGUGUGAUUUGCGGAAUUUAUAACUGAAUGUACAAUCAUUUGUUCAACCUAUAGUUUAUUCAUUCUUUUUAAAGCUGCUUUGUUUUACUGAGAUUUCUGUCAGCACUGGUCGGGCAUUCAAUGGGUACAUUGGGUACAUGCUAAUGCUGUAGAACAUACUACAAUUUAAAUUAAAUCCACUAAACAAUGUAACUGAUCAGUAUUGUUCUCUUUCUAAUUGAAGUCAUUUUUUUUCUGUUUUAAUAAU